UGGACGACGACACUGACAACCCAUCUAUUGACUAAUUGAGAUGAGGCUGCCGCCGCUGUUCCUGGUCUUGGCCUCGGUGGUGGCAUCCAUUGGACGUGCAGAAGACAUCCAGUCAGAUUUGUCGGCUGAGAUCAAAAGCACGGGAUCUGCAGGACUCGCAGAGACGUACAACCGAACAAUCCACCUCGGCGAGUCCACGUCAAUCAAGUUGGCAUAUUCCAACUCUCGGUUCAUCUACAUUCGGUUCUCCAAGCUAGAUUUGCCUCCUGGAGAUAUCCUCACAUUAUCCACGAAUGAAACCACCGUCGUGUACAAAGGCCAUGGCCGUCGCCGCCAUCGACCGACGACUACAAUCCACGACGACACGUCGUUUUACUCGGACAGACUCAUGGGCGAUGCCGUUGAGGUCACGUACACCCCCGACAAGGCCAACAAUGACAAGAAACAUCAGUCGUCCAAGAACUAUCGUUCGUUCGGGAUCUCCAUCGGGUCGUACAUUCGAGGGGUGGCUCGGGUGAGCUCGACCGACGGCACUUCCCUCGUGAACCCAGCCUGCGUGUCCGCCGCACCCGCUUGGCGGCCCGCGUCCUGCUUCAAGGAGUCCGACCCACAAGUGUACAAGAGCUCGCGUAGCCUCGCGCGCAUGGUGAUGCUGGGCAGCUCGUCAUCGGUGGCCCAGUACGCAACGGGGUUCCUUGUGGGCUGUAGCGGGUACUUCCUCACCAACGAGCACAACGUGCGCACCCAAACACAAGUGGACGCGACGGACUUUGGUUUCCUCGCAGCCAGCCCCACCUGCGACGACGUAUGCAACCGUCGGUCGCUGGGGUGUCCGCCCAAGCUGUUGCUGCGGGGGUCGGCGACGCUGGUGGCCGUGGACACGUCGCUGGACUAUGCCUUGCUUCGGUUUGAUUCUCACGCUCGGAGGCAACUAAAACGGUUGAACGUGGCGUACUUGCCCUUACGAAAGGACAAGGCAAACUGGACGCGCCUCACGGGAGAACGCAUCUACGUCCCGCAACACCCCGACGGGACCGCCGCCAAAGUAGCCGCGCGGCUGAAAAGCGGCCACGACGCGGUGAUUGUGGACGCGAAUGUGACCAACAAGUGCGGCAAGCGCCAGCUGGGGUACAUGGCCGACACGAUCGGCGGGUCGUCGGGGUCGCCUGUGGUGGCGUCGACAGAUCACACUGUGCUUGGGUUGCAUCAUUGUGGAGAGUGCAAUGCAGGCGCCGACGGGAUGGCCCUCCGCACGGCAAUAUGUAUCCACGAUAUUCUCGUCGAUUUGAAAAAGAAACAGGUCAAGUUGCCGUCCUGUUUUACCGGUGAUAUUGGACAGGAUGACUAGUAUAUACACAAUUGAUGAUCGUUUUGUAAAGGGGA